AUGGUUAAGUUAGAUAAGCUCUUCGAACGUUUCUGGCUGAUCGAAGACCUUGAUCAUGAGCCCAAUAAAUCUCGUGACGAGGUUGCAUGUGAACAACAUUACAUUACUCACACCCAACGUGAUUCUUCUGGUCGUUACAUCGUUCGUCUUCCAUUCAGAGACUCCAAAUUUGAUUUGGGUAAUUCUAAGUCUCAAGGUCUCAAACGUUUCGAUUCCCUCCAAGCAAAAUUUGCUAAGAAUCCGUCGCUGAAGAUUGAGUAUUCCAAGGUGAUGGAUGAGUAUAUUUCUCUGGGUCACAUGACUCUUUGUGAGGAUAACCAAGAUGGUUAUUUUCUACCCCAUCAUGCAGUCGUAAAAGAAUCUAGUGAGACUACUAAGGUUAGAGUUGUUUUCGACGCUUCUUCUAAAACUUCUACGGGCAUUUCUCUCAAUGAUACGCUCAUUGUAGGCCCAACUAUACAAAACACUAUUUUUGAACAAGUUCUUCGUUUUCGUACUCACUCUUUUGUGAUCACUACCGAUAUCGAAAAGAUGUAUCGUCAGAUUUUAAUUCAUCCCGAUGAUCGAAAAUACCAAAGGAUUCUCUGGUAUCAUAAAGGAGAGGUCAAGACCUUCCAACUCAAUACAGUUACCUUUGGAGUAGCUGCAGCUCCAUUCCUUGCAAUUCGCACCAUUCAACAACUUGCUCGUGACGAGGCCAGAGAUUUUCCAAGAGCUAGUAAAUUACUCUUUCGUGACUUUUAUGUCGACGACUUUAUUUCUGGUUUAAAUACUCUUGAAGAACUUUUGGCAAUUCGUGAUGAAAUGAUAACUUUGUUGCGUCGAGGUGGUUUCAUCAUUCGAAAAUGGGCUUCAAAUCAUCUAUCUGCUUUGAAUACCAUUGACAAGAAGGUGUUCGAUCUUGACUGUGUUGUCAGAGAAGAUCCCAUUCAGAAAACUUUGGGUGUCGUGUGGGAUUCUCAAAGGGACAUCCUGCAAUAUUCUGUGAGUUGUAUCGAUCUUCAAGCUACUUCAACCAAAAGACAGCUUUUAUCUGAAAUCUCAAAGAUAUUUGACCCUUUAGGUUUAUUAGGACCGGUCGUAUUGUUUGCCAAAACCUUGAUUCAGGAUUGCUGGAAGGCCAAGGUUGGCUGGGACGAAUCACUUCCUCAAGAUAUCCAUACCAAAUGGAAAUCCUUUGUUCUUCAAUCACCAUUUCUGAAACAGGUCUCGUUUCCUCGUCAAUUUUUAAUUCCAAAUCCAACUAGGAUUGAACUUCAUGGCUUCUGUGAUGCCUGCAACUACGGUUAUGGUGCCUGCUUGUUCUUGAAAUCUGUAGACUCCUCAAACAACGUGAUAAUUCGCUUAGUUUGUAGUAAAUCUCGAGUCGCUCCCGUGAGCGGCGUGACAAUCCCUCGAUUGGAAUUGUGCGCUGCUUCCGUUCUCAAAAAACUUUACGUCGAUACUAAGUCUCAAUUCGAUUUCCCAAUUGAUCAAACAAUUUUUUGGUCUGAUUCCACUAUUGUUCUCGCGUGGUUGAAAAAUGCUCCUUAUCUCCUCAGAGUUUUCGAAUCCAAUAAGGUUGCUGAUAUUCAAACGUUAGGUGAACAAGUUUCCUGA